AUGCUGACUGUCACGUGCAGUCAGUGCUGCUCAAACGUAAACAGGACGGUAUUUAGUUCCUGGUCCGACGUAUACGACGAAACCACUGAAUCAGGACAGUGUCUCAUGCAGUGACAUUUCCCAGCAGGGUGACAAGUACCAAUAACAACACAGGCCUUAUCGGAUGCUGUAUUGCGUUUCGUAGGGGGCCGGGUCAUAAGCACGGGUCACUAAGCCGGGGUCACGAGAAGCAUGUGACGAGAGACUUCUCAGCGACACGAUGGGGUGUUUGUGCUCUUGUUUUUUGCCGGUUUCGGAUCCUGAUGCAUCAUCAAAGACGCCAUUGUUGUCGGGUACAACCUCGUCACCCAACAACGACAGCAGCAACAACGGCCUGUCGGCCAGACAGAACCGACCACGGAGAAAAGAAUUCUUGACGUCAGUUGAAGAGCUCGCUAAAGUUCAUUGUGCCAAGCUGCCCUUACCUGCAUUAGACAAGACGUUUCAGGACCACAGCAAGCUGUACAACGACCUGCUCGAGAGCUUCAACUCGCUCAAGAACACUAUGCACGACUUCAAAGCUGUAUUUGAGUAUGAGACGAGAGGCAUCCCUGUCUUGUCUGAAUGUAUGAAGCUGCUGAGGAAACGCUGCGGUAGCGCUGCCCUGUCCGCGUCUCGCACCCGGUUUAGCAUCACGAUAGAGUAUGAUCGCCUCGAGGUGUCCCGGAUGUGUAAAGGGCCGGCUGAGGACACACUGGAAGCUCUAGAACUCUUCAACAAAGCAAACAAACUCACCAGAAGUAUUCUGGAAAAGGCUCCAAAGGUGAAGAACACCAUCCAGGUGGUGCUGGACGAUGAACAGAGCUUGAGGAGAGAGAUCUCCAAGUCCAACAUCAGCAGCACUGAUGAACCAGAAGCAAUGAAGAUGUGCGUGGCCAACAUCAACAAGCUCCGAAAGCUUCCCGGCUCCAUCGAGACAAUCCAGAAACACACGCAGAGACAAUUCAAUGAAAUUAAAGAAUCAUCAAAAGCUCUUUUUGAGGAAUCUUAGCUGUGGAAGGAUAAUUCGUUGAAGUGCUGUAUGUUAUCUGUGCACAUAAACCUAAUUAGUCAUUAGAACUGAUUCUUGAUGUUCACAAUGCGGAACAAACUGGAAAACUCGUUUCUUGAUAGAAUUUGAUUAACAUUAAAGUGGAUCUCUUUCCACAAAACGAACUACUGUUAUAAGUACCUUAAGUACAUCGCUCGUAGAAGUUGGAUGCCUUUGUGGAAGGAGGCGUUCUAGCUCUCCACCAUCCUGGGUAUCGUAUGGAAUGUCACGAGGGGUCACGAAUGGUCGAUUUGUAUAUUUGAUUGAGUAACGAUUUCGGAUACUUAUCGGGGUGGUGGAGAGCCUAGUUAGUGGUUAAAGCGUUCGCUCGUCACGCCGAAGGCCGGGUUGGAUUCCCACAAGGGUGCAAUGUGUAAAACCCACUUCUGGUGUCCCCCGCCGUGAUCUUGCUUGAAUAUUGCUAAAAGCUGCGUAAAUCCUAAUAUUCUCACUCCUAUUCUAACCCUGACAAAUACAUGGAUAAUAAACAAACGAUAUUAUAAACCCUAUCAUGAAUUAUAUGAUACAGAUCUUAUUUGUAUAAGAUCCUUUACCUACCCAAUGAGAAGUACAUGAUGUAGGCAUGACGUGUAUAUAUAUAUGUGAAUUGUAUGUUGAGAACCUUCCGCUAUGGGCGCCAUUGGGUAGCCUAGUGGGUAAGGCGUUUGCUUGUCAUGCCGAAGA